UAGACAAAGUUUGUGGAGUGAGUUGUUCUUAGUAAUAAUUUAAAAGCUUCACUAUGAAAUAAUAAACGCGUUCAAUCGAGCAAUUGAACUGUCUGAAGUUCAUUUAAAUUAUAUGUCUAUCCGGCGUCAAAAGAAAACUAUUAUCUAAGUUUCGACUCAUACGGAGUCAUUAAAUAUCUUCGGUAGGUCGGUGACCUCUCAAGGUUCUAUACUUGGUCAGUCUUCUUGCAAUGCUUAAAAGAGAACAAUCUAAAUCCUCAUCUUGUUCAACAUAAAUCAAUGACCCACCAAAGUAAGAAGUAUUUUAAAAAAUAAAUAAUUAUUAUUAAUAUUUUUAUAAUACGAUCAAGUACACGCAACUUGUUUGUGUACAUGGGAAUUCCAGCGUAUAUGACGUAAUGCACGUAAUUGUCCAGUGUACAUAUAUCAGGAGUAUAUGUAAGAUAAGACGUGGAAUUGGUAGUGCAAGUACUUACGGUACUUUUUUUAUUUCUUCACUUAGGUGAUUACAUAUGAAGAUUUACUGAUGAAUUGAAAAAAUACUUUAAUGGAUUUUGAAAAAUUUGUAGACAAUAUUUUUAAUGCUAUAACUCAUAUUAAAUUUUGGAAAAAAAAUGUAUCUUUAACUUUUACUAAAAAUGUAAUAAAUAUUUUUCUAAACAUAGUUUUGUUAACUUUGAGCUCGCUGCUUGUUAUAUCAGAAACUAUUGAUAUUCAUAACAGCUAUGACUUGACAAGUUUCGCGGGUCAUUUGAAUCCAGUUUUAUUUCAUUCAAUUGGAUUAUUCAAAUGGAUUUUUAUAAUCAUGAAAAUGAACGACAUUGAGGAUAUUCUUUUAAAAAUGAAACGUUGUCAUAGCAUUUGUCUUGCAUACCAUGAAAAUGAAAAAGAGCGUUAUCAAUAUGAUUUACGAAUAAUAAAUUUUCAACAAAAAAUGAUCAAAUUUACCCAGAUAUGGUUUUUUAUUUGUUUAUCGGGUGUAAUACAGUGGUGUAUGAAUCCUGUUGUAUAUGAUUAUUACAAUAUUUAUAUUUUAGGAAUUGUAAACAGAAAUUACACCCGAAAUUUACCGUACCCAGGAGUUUACCCAUGGAUUAUUGAUAGUAAUUACAAAUAUAUAAUGACGUUUGCUUUUCAGUUAACUAGCGCGAUUAGUACUUCCAUUGAAAUGGCGACCAGCGAUAUACUAAAUGUUAUUUUCUUAUAUAACAUAUCGUUCAAUAUUCAAUUGUUAAAUGAUACUUUAAUUAAAGAGAAAGAUGUUUUAUUAUCUUUAAGAUUUUCUAAUAGUGAUUUAGCAAUAAAAAAAUUUAGAAAGAAAUUAAGAAAUUGCCUUAUACAUCAUCAAGAGAUUUUAGAAUUCGUCGAUAAACUAAAAAAUGUAUCCAGUUAUCCAAUAUUUCUAUUGUGUCUUGACAGUACAGUAGCUCUGUGUUUAAUUUCAUUGGAAGUAUCAACGAUUGAAAUUAAUUCAAGUAUUGAAUGUAUCAUGAAGUUAAUGAGUAUGGCAGAAUACUGGUCGGGAGUUACUGUUGAAUUAUUCUUAUUUUCAUUCCUUGCUACGAAAAUUGAAGAACUGGGAUUGAAAACUGCAGAUGCAAUAUAUUCUUGCAAUUGGGAGCAAUCAAUGGUUAAUCACAAGGGUAAAUUUAGUGGUCAACACCGACAAAUAACAGUUGAAAUAAAUCAAAUGAUAAACUUUAGUUUAAUGCGUGCCCAAAAACCGAUUCUUUUUAACGGAGGACUAUUUUAUAUCCUAUCUUUACAAACUUUCAAAGCACUUACAGGUUUUGCAUUAUCGAAUGCUGUAGUACUACGUCAACUUUCCGGAGAAACAUAGAAUUUCUUUAUGUAGAAACCAUUAAACAAAUAAAAGCUAUUUACUUACUUAAUUAAUAUUUUGAUUCAUU